CCGUGCACCACCCAUAUCACGCAGGUGGAGCUCGGCGGCCUCUGGCUCGACAACAAUUCGCUGGAGGUCCGCUCGUACCUCCGCUCGCAGUCGGGCGACACUGGGGACAAGUUCCUGGGAGCUCGGAUCGUCUCUGCCCAAGGGCUGGGGGCGCCCUGGCGGAACAUCACCGACUGGGGCAGCGACAGGUCCCUGGUGGCCAGCGGCAGCGGCUACGAGGUCACCGUGUCCAAGGUCAGCUGGUCCGGCAGGCGGCACAGCAGGCCCUGGGCGCCGAACGUCGCCGGGCAGUUCGAGAUCCGCGUGCGGGACACGAGGAGCAAGGAGGCGACGAAG